GGCAGAAGUUGGCUCAAGGGCUUCCUCUUUCACUGUGGGUUGUUGGGAACUUGGACAUGUUAUACAACGUCCCUGAGCCUCAACUUCUCCAUCAGAAUGAUGGCGAUAUAGCGUUUCCACUGGAGAGUUUCCGCCGCGUCUCUCACACAGCAUGCUCACAACAAAUGGUGGUUCUCUUUCUGUUCAUAGGACACCUUCCCUCCCAUUUUAGUGUGUGUGUGUGUGUGUGUGUGUGUGUGUGUGUGUGUGUGUUGGUGCAGGAGUACAGCAUUUCUGGGUCUCAGUGAGGGCUGAAAGGAUGCAUUUGUUUUUCAGACAACCACCUGGUAAGAGGCCCUGGCCAGGAGAGGGGCCCAAAGAGUGGGUGCUGGCAGCACAGAGCCUCACGGGCUGGGCUGGGAGCCGUAUGUGAAAUCCUGGUGCUGGGGAGCUGCCUGGGAUUCUGCUCCUACAUCUUAAGACCAAAGGAGCUAAAGCAGAAGAGACCAGAGAUGGGGUCUCCAUCAGAGAUGAUCAUGGUUGUCCCACCUUCCCUGCCACCAGGGACAGUCUGCAGGCAGAGGAUGCCGACCCUCACUGGGAUCUUCCUUUAUUUAUUUAGUUUGAGAACUAAAGUUUUUGAAAAAUCAAGAAGCCAUGUAAUAGCACGAGCGAGACGGAGGGAGGAACAAAAAAGGAGAAGCGAGAACUUGCCGGUACCUGCAGGCGAGGAAUGAUCCGUCAAGGCCGGAUGGCUGUUUGCAGGGUCUUCCUGCUCCUCUGCCUCCCAGGCCAUUUUGCUGUAAGCAUCCCCAGAAUCUUAAAUGUCACAGUGGGAGGGACUCUGGGGAUGAAGUGCCUGUACAGUGUGGGAGAGGAGGGCCACAGAAAGUUCUGGUGCCGAGGGCCCAACUGGAAAGACUGUGUCCGAGUCAUUGAAACAACACAGAGAGCCGGACAGGAGGUGAGGCACGGCCGCGUGACCCUCCAAGACAGCCCCAGAGAGCACUUCUUCCUCGUGAUCAUGGAGGACCUGGAGGAGGGAGACGCAGACACGUACUGGUGUGGGGUGGACAGGGGCAGAGGAGUCCCCCAGGCCCCAGCGGCAGUGACUGUUUUUCCAGGCUCAGUGACGGUAGCAGUGAGGCCCACUGAGGCGCCGGCCAGCCCAGGAGCCCUGGCUCUGACCAGCCGUGUGUCCAGCCCUGGCCUUCCUGCCUGGCCCUUCCUGCUCUUUGCCAGUUUCCUAUUCCUGGCUCUGCUGAAGGUCAUCCUCUUCCUGAGCUUCAGCUAUGCAGCCAUCUGGUUGGCCUGGCUUCAGCAUCACCUGUGAGGGCGGCAGCACAGCCAACCCAGCAAACCGGCGGCUCCCACCCCAGUGGCUUCCUGUCCUGUGACGCAGCUCCUGACCACCUCCCCUGCAAACUCAGUGGACCUGGAAACAAGUCGGCCCCACCAGACUUGCGCGCCUGGGUGCCGAGUCACCUGUGCCGGAUCCCUUGCUGGGAUGGCCCAGCAGACACCAGGGCACAGGCAAGGAUGUGGGCCCUGCACUCAGAUGGAUGUGGGUUCAAACCCUGGUGCUGCCACUUACCAUGGGACCCAGGAGCGGUGAUCUGAUGGGCCUUAUCAUCUGUUUCUUGGAUUUGUAUACAAUUGAGAUAAUAUAUAGAGGACACUGGCCACACAGGAGGGGCUCCCACACAGAGCUGCUCCACACUGUAGUUUCUGGUUUGGGUCCAGGAAAGAGAGAGGAGGGUGGGCAGGAAAGGAAUCUGGGAGGAGACAUCCAGUCACCCUGGGACUCCUGCUUGACUCCGGGCGCAAUGGGGGCAGUGGUGUUAGCCCCCAGGCAUCACGCCUGUGUCUGUAUGAAUGUGCAGUGCCCACCAUACAUUCAGUAAUGAACAAAGGGAAUGGUGAAUGGAGGCCUCGCCUCACAGGGCUGCUGAGAGCUCUGCCCUUACAUGCAGUAAGUGGGAAGGUUUCCCUGUGGCAAGUUCCAGAGCUGGGCUCAGCUCCCUCCUGGAGGGGCGGUGGCCAGGCAUCAAGGAGUCCUGACCCAGCUCCAGCCGGAAACCCACUGCUCUCUCUUUGUCCCUUUGUCCUCCAUACCUAGUGGCCUCUGUCCCCUGGGAAGACUUCCUUUCUCCCUCCUGGUUAAGCCUGAUGCCCUGGGUAUAGAGGUCGUAUUUCACCCGCUGCUCUUCUUGACCACCCCCUUCCCACUGGGUUUGUAUGACCUCCCAAAGAAUCACACGUGACUUCAAGUUGGUAGAAAUAUUGAACAGGUGAGAUUCAAGGUGGAGCCUUUGAGCAUCCACUGCAGACCACUUAGCAGGUGACAUGGCCUCUUUCCUCCAGGACAAGGGAAAGUGGCAGGCACCCUGACGCUGCCCAUCUGGAUGGAUAGAACAACAGGCUGUUUGUUGAUUAGUGGGUCACUUCUAGUUGAAGAAAGACAUCCUCAUACCUUUGGAUGAAUUCAUUAGCAAGACAAUAAACUUCACAAUUCCUAGCUCCCAAAGUAAAUGGCUUUCUUUUCCUUGGCCUGCUGAGGAGCUUACAAAGGGGACCAGGCAUAGCUGGGGUGAAGUGAGGGUGGGCUCGACCUAGUGAUUCACUUCUAGUGAACAGAAUAUGGCAAAGUAACGGGAUUCCACUUCUGCCAUUUGGUUAUGCAAAGACUCUGGCUUCUAAGCCUUGCUGGCUUUCGCUUGUUUGCUGUGCUGGAAGCCAGGGCUGUGGAACCUAUGCGUGACGACCGAGGACAGUGUGGGAUCCCGAGGGAAUGGGCCUCCCAGGGCUGAGGCUGGGCCUGUGGGGGCUGGGUGGCCUCAGCCAGCGACAGGGCAAGGUGUCAUCAAGCUGCCCUGUGGCUGUGGUUUUAGGUCAUUGUCCUUCUCAGCACGCUCUUCUCCUAUCCUGAUAACUUUGCAGCUUAAAAUGCUUUCCGACUCUCCUGCUUUGCUUUCCAGCUCCUCACUCUGUUUUGCUGGCCCCUCCUCUCCGUCUAUAAAUGGGGCCAAGUCUAGCAGCUCAGCUCAUGGCUCUGUCCACUUAUCCCUUGGGUACCUCAACCAGUCUCAUGGUUUUAAAUGUCAGUAACUACCUCCGACUUCCAAAUUCAUGUCUUUCACCUGGAUCACAGGUUGUAUGUUCAGUUCCCCAGUAGAUGGUCCACUUGGAUGUCUGAUGGGCUCCGGGAGCUCGACUACAGCCAAUGUGGAGUGCUGGAUUCCAUCCUCAUC